ACCUUAGCAGCAAGUCUGCGGGGACGGUGUAGGCUGUUUUAUUUCCUUUGAACACUUGCUUGUGAUGUUUUCGCGUACACGGAAUGUCUGUGGGGCGGUAUGCAGUGCAAUGAUACUUAACAAGCCGGUUAUUCACUCGGUGGCGUCAUCCCUUUAACAUUAGCAAUGCGUGGUGGACUAUCGGCUGUAGUGCGAGUGCAGAGGCUACUGGUCAGGUAACCGUUCACGACAAAGAGGAGGUGUACCACACGCUUCCGCUUUAUUUAACAACCAUCAGUGUGUGGUUUAGGGGUGUUCAUAAAAGGUGUCGAUACGGAGAGGUAGACUGAUUUCAUCCCCAAGGUUGUAUUCACGAAAUUCAAACAGUCGUUUACCUAGGCGAAUGUGACAAGUAUAGUUCAGAGGGCACCUCGGUCAAUUUGCGUAGAGCAGAUUAGUAAGAUAACGUGUGUACACGACUGUAGGGCGAACCCCUUUAACUGAACGAAAGCAAGGUGAAAGGUAUAGCUUUCUUCCUCAGGCAUCACAUCACACGAGCACAGUUGGAACAGCGACUGAGAAGAGACUGAAGACGAGGAAAGAAAAACAUUCAGUUAUUCUUAGACUCUGAAGCUUUCCGGAGUACGAAAUUUGAUCGCGCUCUGACAGAUUGAAUUCCCUGGUUCAGUGAUGGCCAGGGAGAACCGAGAAUCUGUGAAUGGAUCUUGGAAAAAGCAGGUCGAUGACAUUCACGACAUUUUCGAGUUCAAGGAAACCCUUGGCACCGGGGCGUUCUCUGAAGUAGUCCUUGCCAAGGAGAAGGCCACAGAGAAGAGGUUUGCGGUGAAGUGUAUCCCCAAGAAGGCGUUGAGGGGGAAGGAGAGCAGCAUCGAAAAUGAAAUCGCCGUGCUCAGGAAGAUAAAGCAUGAGAACAUUGUUUCCCUGGAAGACAUCUAUGAAAGUUCACAUCACCUAUACCUCAUUAUGCAGCUAGUGUCUGGAGGGGAGCUCUUUGAUCGUAUUGUUGAGAGGGGAUUCUACACAGAGCAGGAUGCCAGCAUAUUAAUCAAGCAGGUCUUGGAUGCAGUUAACUACCUCCAUGAAAUGGGCAUAGUCCACCGAGAUCUCAAGCCAGAGAACUUGUUGUACUUCAAUGAUGAAGAUGAGUCAAAGAUCAUGAUCAGCGAUUUUGGCCUGUCUAAGAUUGAGAGCUCUAACGUCAUGUCAACUGCUUGUGGGACGCCAGGAUAUGUUGCACCUGAGGUUCUGGCACAGAAGCCCUACGGUAAAGCAGUGGACUGCUGGUCUAUUGGAGUCAUCGCAUAUAUUUUAUUGUGUGGAUAUCCUCCAUUUUAUGACGAGAAUGACUCCAAGCUCUUUGAGCAGAUUUUGAAGGCAGAAUAUGAGUUUGAUGCACCUUACUGGGAUGAUAUAUCAGAUUCAGCUAAAGAUUUCAUCAGCAAUUUGAUGCAGAAAGAUCCAGAGAAGCGAUUUACUUGUGAAGAGGCUCUGGCACACCCGUGGAUAGCUGGAGACACCGCACUUUCCAAGAACAUCCAUGAAUCCGUCAGUCGCCAGAUUAAGAAAAACUUUGCGAAAAGCAAAUGGAGGCAAGCCUUUAACGCCACAGCCGUCAUUCGCCACAUGCGCCGCCUGCAUCUGAGCAGCAGUUUGAACAGCAGCGUGGACGCCACAGCACACCGGCAUCAGAGCCAGGCCUCCAUGCCAGCCAAGAGCCAGUCUGUGGACUGCACGCCCGUGAUUCACAAAGAAUCUGCAUCUACACCGGCGGACUGCAGCAUCGAGUCGACCGGCUCCCCCUGCCCUGGCACAGCCGAGCCCCGCCGGAACCGACCGUCAACCGUCACCACCAUUCACACCGGCAACAAAUGACAUCAGACCCCCGGGGAGGAUGGUAGAGAGGUCAUGGCCACAUAGGAGAUGUCAGGCUCAGGCAUUUAUCUUUCUGCUUAGGGUCCCAGUUUGUGGAGGAAGGGGGGUAUCAUUUGUUUGCUGGACCAAGAUGUGUAAAGUCCUGCAGCAUUGAGGUGAGUGGUGUAGCUGUUGACCCCUUACAGAGUUGGCCUUAACUCCAGUCUGUCUGAUGGUGUCAGGGAGGAAUGAUCAGAGGUGGCGGGUCUUGCACAUUUCAAAGGCCAACUAUAAGAUGGGAUUUUCCAUUUGUGUAUAACUACAGCUGCUGUGAAACUUGUAUUGUCAUUGUUACAACAGGAAACUGGACAGUGCAAGAAGUGCAAGUUUAUGGUUUAAACCUUGAAAAUCAGACAUUAAUUCCGUAGCGAUCGUUUCAGACAUCAUGUAACAGUUCUUGUUUUCCAAUCCUGUUACGUAUCAUUAGCAGUCGUAUAACAGGUGCAUUAAAUGGUGUGUUUACAGGACGUGCAUUUAUUUCACUCAGUUGCUGGGUCCAGAUGAUUUUGAGCAAAAACAUCAAAUAUUUGAGGCAAUGUACAAAUUGUUUCAAUAGUGUGUUAUUAUUCAACAUAUGACAUACAGUAUACCUAGUGUGAAGCUACUAUGCUUUACUCGGUCUGGAUAAUGUUUUUAUACGACCAUUUCUUCAAGUGAGAGUGAAGUUUCACUGUUUAUGGUUUUCUGUUAGAUGUUUUGUAAAACUGUACUAUUUGAUUUGCUCUUGUAUUGCUCUGUAAAGGUAAGGCUACUAUUGUAAUUGGUUUAUAUUACACAGCAUAUAUUAUUUCUUCUCUCUCUAAUAUUUUAGUUUAUUCCAUAUAUGCACUCAGGAAUUGUAUUAGUUCACAUCCACUACAUCUGAUCUGGUUUUGUCAGUCACCACAAAACAUUUAAUGAUGAAGUAACUUAUCAAUAGACAUUUGUUGACAUAAUUACUGAGGUGGUCCUCCACUCUUAUUUUAUUACGUGACAUAGUCCUGUUGACUUAUUACAAUCUUAGGCAUAUAUCCAACUCUGUAAUCUUGUUUAAGACAUUCAUUUUAUUUUAUCAAAAUUGUACUAGAUGGAUUAUAAUACAGGCAUCCAACAUUCAUUUUGGCACAGUUGUGUUAUGUAAAAAGCAGGUUUCAUAAGACUUAAAUCAAUCAAGUCACAUCACCCAAGCCGAUGAAAAUAUCUGCAAUGGUUAACAUGGUUUUGGUUUUGGUAUUGUAGGUCAUGUAUACUUGUGUUCUAUGAGAGGGCUCAUCUAUUCGGGAUCAGUGAUAAAACUGUUAAGUGGUUGAAAUACAUGUACUUUUAAAUGGCUGGUAUUUAUCAGUGAGGAUAUAGAUAAUUUUCUAAUCAUCAUUUUAAUGAGUGUAAUCAGGUUACUUUGCACAAAAAAAAUCUAUAUAUUGUGCUUUGAUGAAUGUGGAGUUCUGUGGACAGCUUUCCAUGGUAGGAAAGAACCAAAAAUACCUUUUUAUAUUAAAUCCAAUAGGUAGUGAAGUGCACACAAUUAAAACAAUUAUUUUAAAAAGAACAUAGAACUAAACAUGAACUAAAGACUUAAAAGACUAGACUUCUUUUAUGUUGCAAUUUUUAAAUCAAACUAAUUUGAGCAUAACAUUUGUUUCACCUUUUUAUCUGAAGUAUGUUGUAUGAGGUAUUCUAACAGACAAAACAUAACUUUUGAGAUCAUCAACUGAAAUCUUCUCACUCCAGUAAUUCUGCAGUAUUUAUGUUUUUGUACUCUGUGGUAAAUGCCUUUUUCUUCAGUGAAUGUCAACUAUUGUCAUUAUUUGCUUGAGGCCUAACCCAGCAGGAUUCUGUUCUCAGUUGUCUACUGUUUAGAUACCUGAGUCACAUCUUUAAAACAUUAUUUUGUUAACCCUCUUUUGUUAAUGUGCUUAUUAUCAUUCCAACGGUUGCAUCUGCUACUUGUGGGAUCUGAGGUCUCAGCACUACAACUGCCGAUAAUCACUGUCUGAAGUCUUAUACUUCACCUGACUCCUUCUACGUUUAUGACCAGCAAAGAAAUGUAUUUGCACAAACCAAUAAUAUUAUUCCACUGCUCCAUCAUUUUUAGUGUAUUAUGUGGUAAAGAAUGGGGCCAUCUUUGAAUGUUUGCCUUUGUAUUUAAAUGAUUGCCAUUGUGGUAAAUCAGGUGCCAAUUAAAAUUGAUUAACUCGAUGUUCCUGUCUUUUCUGGUCGUCCAAGUGGUAAGUGACCUAUACUUAUAAACAAAAACACCCUUGUACAUCUGGCAAUGUAGUAGAGUGCUAUAUCAGUGCAGUUUUACUGUAUUGUUAUGUGGUCAUAACAAUGCUUUGGACAAUCAUGUUGGCUAUCUCCCAUUACCAAAGAUGAAUUAGUUAUUUUCUUCCAAAUAAAACUUACCUAUAUCCAA